UUCAAUCACUAUCAGAUCACAACUUCACAAGUAAAAAUUCCCCUCACACAGUUCAUCUAAAUUUCUGUCCCUUCACUCAUUAUCUAUCAAAAAUUCACAAAAUGAACGGAGAUAGCCACCGGCGGAACCGCCGGGAUUUCGGGCGGAGCUCGAAGAAGCAGAAGCUGAUGCGCAACGCCGAAGAAGAGCUUGAUUUGAAGUUCGGAUUCGAUCUUUUUACAGAGGGAGAUAAACGCCUCGGUUGGCUUCUCACUUUUGCAUCCUCAUCUUGGGAGGAUCAAGAAACGCGCAAAAUGCACAGUUGUGUUGAUCUCUAUUUUGUUUCUCAGGAUGGCUCCACUUUCAAGUCCAAGUUCAAAUUUCGUCCUUAUUUCUAUGCCUCCACAAAGGACAAAAUGGAAAUGGAUGUCGAGGCUUAUUUGCGGCGACGAUAUGAAAGUCAAAUUGCUGACAUUGAGAUUGUGGAGAAGGAGGACCUAGAUCUUAAAAACCAUUUGUCCGGUUUGCACAAACUAUAUUUAAAAAUAUCUUUUUCUACUGUUCAACAACUAAUGGAUGUGAAGAAAGAUCUAUUGCAUGUUGUUGAAAGAAACCAGGAAAAGUUUGAUGCUGCUGAAGCAUAUGAGUCCAUAUUAACAGGAAAAAGAGAACAAAGACCUCAAGAUCUUCUAGAUUGUAUAGUUGAUCUCCGGGAGUAUGAUGUUCCAUACCAUGUUCGUUUUGCUAUAGACAAUGAUAUCCGAUGUGGGCAAUGGUAUGAUGUUAGUGUAUCCAAUAGAGGCAUUCUACUUGAAAAGAGGACUGAUCUUCUGCAACGUGCUGAAGUUCGUGUAUGCGCAUUUGAUAUUGAAACUACCAAGCUUCCUUUGAAGUUUCCAGAUGCUGAUUAUGAUCUAAUAAUGAUGAUAUCAUACAUGGUUGAUGGGCAAGGGUACUUGAUUAUUAACAGAGAGUGUGUAGGAGAAGAUAUAGAGGAUUUAGAGUAUACUCCAAAACCAGAAUUUGAAGGGUGCUUCAAAGUCACCAAUGUGCAAAAUGAGGUAGAACUUCUUAGACAGUGGUUUGCUCACAUGCAAGAGGUGAAACCUGGUAUUUAUGUUACGUACAAUGGUGAUUAUUUUGAUUGGCCAUUUCUGGAAAGCAGAGCAGCUUAUCAUGGGUUGAAGAUGAGUGAUGAGGUUGGCUUUUCAUGUGACAAGAAUCAAGGGGAGUGUCGUGCUAAAUUUGCUUGCCAUUUGGAUUGUUUUGCAUGGGUCAAACGUGAUAGUUAUUUGCCUCAGGGGAGUCAUGGUCUUAAGGCUGUUACAAAGGCAAAAUUAGGUUAUGAUCCAUUGGAGGUGAAUCCAGAAGACAUGGUUCGCUUUGCUAAAGAAAAUCCACAGAUGAUGGCCUCCUAUUCAGUUUCUGAUGCUGUUGCAACUUAUUUUUUGUACAUGACCUAUGUUCAUCCUUUCAUUUUUUCCCUUGCAACUAUAAUUCCUAUGUCACCUGAUGAGGUUUUGCGCAAAGGCAGUGGAACACUUUGUGAAAUGCUUCUUAUGGUGCAGUCCUACAAGGCAAAUGUUAUCUGCCCUAACAAACACCAAUCUGACCCUGAGAAGUUCUAUAAGAACCACCUUCUUGAGAGCGAGACAUAUAUUGGUGGCCAUGUGGAGUGCCUUGAAAGUGGUGUUUUCAGAUCUGAUCUACCUACUAGUUUUAAGCUUGAUCCAUCAGCAUAUGAUCAAUUGAUUGGAAACCUUGAUCGAGAUCUUCAAUAUGCCAUAAGAGUAGAGGGUAAGAUGGACUUGGAUUCAGUCUCCAAUUAUGAUGAAGUGAAGAAUGCCAUCAUGGAAAAGCUUGUAAAGUUGAGAGAUGAACCCACGCGUGAGGAGUGCCCCCUCAUUUAUCAUUUAGAUGUGGCUGCAAUGUACCCAAACAUUAUUUUGACAAACAGGCUUCAGCCUCCCUCUAUAGUUACAGAAGAGAUUUGUACUGCAUGUGACUUCAACCGCCCAGAUAAAACUUGUCUUCGAAAGCUUGAAUGGGUUUGGCGUGGAGAGAUCUUUAUGGCAAAGAAAAGUGACUAUUAUCAUUUGAAGAAGCAAAUUGAGUCUGAGUUUGUUGAUGGUACUGAUGGUCAGUUGUCAAAGUCUUUUCUUGACCUCUCUAAGAUGGACCAACAAUCAAAGCUGAAAGAGCGUCUAAAGAAAUACUGUCAGAAGGCAUAUAAACGGGUGCUUGAUAAACCUGUCACUGAACUUCGAGAAGCAGGGAUCUGCAUGCGUGAAAAUCCAUUUUAUGUUGACACUGUUCGCAGCUUUCGGGAUAGAAGAUAUGAAUAUAAAGGACUUAAUAAGGUUUGGAAGGGGAAGUUGUCAGAAGCCAAGGCUAGUGGAAAUUCCAUUAAGAUCCAGGAAGCACAGGACAUGGUUGUGCUUUAUGAUUCAUUGCAACUUGCACACAAAUGUAUACUUAAUUCCUUCUAUGGAUAUGUCAUGCGCAAGGGUGCAAGAUGGUACUCAAUGGAAAUGGCUGGGGUAGUUACUUAUACAGGAGCAAAAAUAAUUCAGAAUGCUCGCUUGCUUGUUGAAAAAAUUGGAAAACCACUUGAAUUGGACACGGAUGGUAUAUGGUGUGUGCUCCCUGGAUCUUUUCCAGAGAACUUUACCUUUAAAACAAAGGACUUAAAGAAAAAAUUAACAAUCUCAUAUCCCUGUGUUAUGCUUAAUGUUGAUGUUGCAAGAAACAAUACAAAUGAGCAAUACCAGACGCUUGUUGAUCCUGUAAAUAAAACAUAUGCAACUCAUAGUGAAUGCUCAAUUGAAUUUGAAGUUGAUGGCCCAUACAAGGCAAUGAUUCUUCCAGCUUCUAAAGAGGAAGGAAUUUUAAUUAAGAAGCGAUAUGCUGUCUUCAAUGAUGAUGGAACAUUGGCUGAGCUUAAAGGUUUUGAAAUCAAGCGUAGAGGUGAGCUGAAGCUGAUCAAAGUUUUCCAGGCUGAGCUUUUUGACAAGUUCCUGCAUGGAUCAACCUUAGAGGAAUGCUAUUCAGCUGUAGCUGCUGUAGCCAACCACUGGCUUGAUCUUCUUGAUAAUCAAGGAAAGGAUAUUGCUGACAGUGAGUUGCUUGAUUAUAUAUCUGAAUCAAGCACAAUGAGCAAGUCUCUGGUAGACUAUGGUCAACAGAAGUCAUGUGCAGUGACCACUGCAAGGCGUCUCUCAGAUUUUCUUGGUGAUACAAUGGUUAAAGAUAAAGGAUUGCGUUGUCAAUAUAUAGUUGCAUGUGAACCAAGUGGAACACCUGUGAGUGAGCGUGCUGUUCCUGUUGCAAUAUUUGAAACUGAUGCUGAAAUAAUGAAGUUCUAUUUACGGAAAUGGUGCAAGACUUCAUCAGAUGUAGGUAUUAGAUCCAUCAUUGAUUGGUCCUAUUACAAGCAACGGCUAAGUUCAGCCAUUCAGAAGAUUAUUACAAUUCCUGCUGCAAUGCAGAAGGUUGCAAACCCUGUCCCUAGGGUUCUUCAUCCUGAUUGGCUGCAUAAAAAGGUUCGUGAAAAGGAGGAUAAAUACCGUCAAAGAAAAUUGGUUGAUAUCUUCAGCUUAUCCAACCUGGAUGAGUCGUUAAGGAGGACUAGCGAUUCUGUUACUACUGAUCAUAUGAUGAAUGAGGAGAAUGUUGGGGAUUUGGAAGACUUCCUAAAUAAAAGCAGUUCUAAAAAUAGGCCUAGACCAAUUGUUCGUCUUUAUGCAAUCAACAAUGAAAAAUGUUCACAAAAGGCAACUGGGAGAAUGGAUUCCUCACAACAGCAAAUUGAUAAUGGUGAAAGCAUGCAACUGUUGCAACGAAAUGCAUCCUCCACUGAAAAUAUUGACAGAAAUGUAGAUUAUCAGGGGUGGCUUGAAUUAAAGAAAAGAAAGUGGAAAGAUAAUCUGGACACAAGGAAGAGGCAAAGGUUGGGCAGUUUGAGGAAUUCAAAUCAUGCUAAUGGUGCUUCUGAGCCUUUAGGCAGCCCAAUAAAUCAUAAAAAAGCUCAGCACAGGACAGGUGUUGGUUCAUAUUUUACAACACAUGAAAUUUCCCUAACACGAUGCCACUGGCAGAUAAUUCAGCUGCUUCCAAGUUCACAUUAUGGACAAUUUUUUGCAUGGGUUGUUGUUGAAGGAAUCAUGCUUAAGAUCCCUAUAACAGUUCCCCGAGUAUUUUACCUCAACUCUAAAGCACCUAUGACAGAAAGAUUUCCUGGUAGGCGUGUGAACAAGACUCUUCCUCAUGGAAGGCCUAGCUAUAACUUGGUUGAGGUUUCUAUAGAUGAAGAUAAAUUCAGAAAAGAAAGCAAAAAACUUGCAGCUCUUCUUUCAGAUCCAGAAGUUGAGGGUAUAUAUGAGACGAAGGUUCCAUCAGAGUUUAGCGCCAUACUCCAGAUUGGUUGUGUCUGUAAAGUGGAUAAAACAGCUACGAAACGGAGCUCCCAGGAUGGCUGGAGUCUGAGUGAACUGCACAUGAAGACAACAACAGAAUGUACUUAUUUGGAGCAAUCAGUCUCCUUCUUUUACCUAUAUCAUAGCAUCUCUGAAGGACGUGCUAUAUUUGUUGUGUAUUUGCCUGUAUUAAGGACUAUAUCUGUUGUGGUGGUCAAUCCUUAUCAAAACAAGGAUUUAUCACCAUCUUUUCUUGAAAGGCAGUUUCGUGAAGCCUGCAAUGCAUUGUCCAUUGAACCACCUCCUCCCACGAAUGGUAUUGUUUUCAAGGUAGCUUAUGUUGGACAUGUCAAGGAUGCUGAGAGGACUUUACAGGGAAGAAUAAGCGAACUCAGAGAAAAAAAUCGUGGACCUACAAUUGCUGUUAUUGAAUGCCCAAAUUCUCAUUUGAUGAAGUCAGGCAUACCAGCUCUUGAUAAUUUCCCUUGUGUGAGCAUACCAUCCAAUGUUCGUGACAGUCAAUAUCAGGUUCUUGGGUGGCAACAAGCAGCUGCAAAAAUUGGAAUGCAACGUUCUGCUGCAUCAUCUCAGUGGUUGAAUGAAAGGAUUUCUCUCUCAAGAUAUGCCCAUGUACCUUUGGGAAAUUUUGAACUUGACUGGCUUAUUUUUACAGCAGAUGUCUUCUUCUCGAGAGCACUGCAUGAUCAGCAACAGUUACUUUGGAUAUCUGAUGAUGGUGUUCCUGAUCUAGGAGGCAUUACUGAUGAAUCUGCAUGUUUUGUAGAUGAGGUCCAUCAACCUCUUCUUACAUACCCUGGAGCUUAUAGAAAAGUUUCUGUGGAGUUAAAGAUUCAUCACCUUGCUGUAAAUGCUCUGCUGAAAAGCAACCAAGUGAAUGAAAUGGAAGGAGGUGCUUUGUUAGGAUUUGAGCAGGACAUGAAUUCUAGUUCACAUAUUUAUGAUGAACAAUAUGGCUUUGAUGAGGUUACAUCAUCUGCACCUGCAUUACGUGCCCUGAAACAGCUGAUUCAGAGAUGCCUUGCAGAUGCAGUUUCUUCUGGAAAUGUCUUUGCUGAUGCAUUAUUACAACAUCUUUAUCGAUGGCUUUGCAGCCCUCAAUCAAAGCUUCAUGACCCAGCUCUUCAUCGCAUACUCCACAAGGUCAUGCAAAAGGUGUUUGCUUUGCUGCUGGCUGAAUUUCGCAAUUUAGGUGCCACAAUCAUAUUUGCAAAUUUUUCAAAAGUUAUCAUAGACACUGGAAAGCUCAGUCUAUCUGCUGCAAAAGCUUACUGUGAUAGCUUGCUCAAAACUUUGCAAUCUAGAGAGCUGUUUGAGUGGAUUGAGCUUGAGCCACUGCAGUUCUGGAAUUCCUUGCUUUUCAUGGAUCAGUAUAACUAUGGUGGAAUUCCAGCCAGAGCUGAUGACAGUUCACAAAGUGAAUCACAAGGGGAACAUUCCCAAAGAGAAGAAUCGCAAGUGGAUAUUGUAUCAAGCUGGAACAUUGCUGAAUACUUACCCAAGAAAAUUCAAGAUCAUUUUGUUUUAAUUGUCUCGGAGUUUAUGUUUAUUCCCUGGGAUUAUGCACAAAAGCAGGCUGCAAACAGAGCAUCUUUGCAGAAUGUCAGCUUAUGUACUCCAUCAAUCACCAUUGCAGCUGCUGAGACAUUUGAAUCACACUUGGUUGAGUAUCUUAGAGGGCAGAUCAGCACAUACUUUACAGACAAACUGCUUGGAAUUGUUCGUGAUACUGUUCUUCAUAUGAAGGGGAUAAACAAGUCUGAGAAUGAUCAACAAAUUUCAUCUAGUUUCCCACAACUUGUGGGUAACAUUAAUAGAGGGGAUCCUGCACUGGAAUUUAUUAAGCAUGUGUGUGCUGUUCUGGCCCUUGACCACAAUGUGCAGCAUGAAGUUCUGGUGAUGAGAAAGAAUCUGUUAAAAUAUGUGCGAGUGCGGGAGUUUGCUCCUGAAGCUGAGUUUCAUGAUCCCUGCCCUUCCUUUGUCUUGCCAAACGUAAUUUGCAGUUACUGCAAUGACUGCAGAGAUCUGGACCUGUGUCGUGAUUCAGCUUUACUGGCUCAGGAGUGGCGCUGUGCUGUCCCACAGUGCGGCCAGCCUUACGACCGAGAGGUGAUGGAGAAUUCUCUUCUUCAAAUUGUACGGCAGAGGGAACGUCUCUAUCAUUUGCAGGAUCUGGUGUGCACUAGGUGCAAUCAGGUCAAAGCCGCACAUUUAGCAGAACAGUGUGCAUGUGCUGGAUCCUACAGAUGCAAGGAAGAUCUGUCUGAAUUCCGCAGCAAAAUGCAGAUUUUCUUAAAUGUAGCCAUUCGCCAGAAGUUUCAGCUCCUUCAAGAGUGUACUUCAUGGAUUUUAGAAAUUCAUUAGCUGUGGGCGUUGGUGUUUCAAUUUCGUAGCAUUCAGCAAAAAUUUCAUGUUUCUUGUCUGGCCACUGAUGGCAACUGGACUUGCCGGUAUACAAAGGUACGAAAUGUAGCUCAUCUGUAAAUCAAUUCAGAUGAGUGAAUGCAACUAGCAGAUGUUGAAGAAUGGCUGAGCACCUGAGGUGACGUUUGAAAGAAGUGUUCGUGAGAUUGUAAAAUUUCCAAUCGAAAAAGGUGAUCACAUUAAUUGAGGCGAUAAAUCUUCAAAUCUCAGUUGCUAAAUUCUGAUGAAGCAGUUGAUGCAAAUGGACUGGGUGCUGUAGUCAGUUGUGUCGAUCAUUAGUAGUGUUGAUGCAUAUUGAGGCAACCACUAAGGGAAAAUUUUAGAAGGUCCUGAAUUAAUUUUAUGUUCUUCCCUCCCCUCCCCUUCCCCAGUUUAUUUGUUGCAGUGGAAGGAAAGAGUAGGAGGAAUUUUUAGAUAUAAAUGUGUCAUCACACAAACUAUUACAUUGUUCAUAAACUUAUUUGUUGAUAUAUGUAUCCAAAUAUGAAAAUUUCAUUUUUCA